CGCAUUAGGAAUACAAUUCAAAAAUUUUCAUACACGUGGUCAAUUUGAAUUCGGUUACAUUCCAAAAUACAAUGACCGACGUAAUUGUAACAAAACGUAUAAACCAAAUAAGUCACGAUUCUCGUAACUUCAUCAUAGUUGGUGUUAUAAUAGCAAAAAGCGAUCCGAAGUUUUUCGAUAGCGCUUCGUUUAGUUCUGGAAAUGAUUCGGGCUCCGCAAGAGGAGUGAUAACCCUGACGAUCCGUGACAGCGAACGUGACACAAUAAACAGUACGAUUUGGGGUUCACAGUUCAUUAUCGAUUCAUAUGAUAGCCAGUUUCAUAUUGGUGAUGUAGUGACAAUUACGAAGGCAAAAGUAGGUCCAGUAGGGCACGACAAAUCGGAGCAGUUCAAACCAACAACUACGUCUGCGUUCAGCCUAUCAUUCGCCGAGCAGGACGGAAGCAGAAUCAAACUGUAUGAGGGACAUGACAUCGAUCAGUUCAAGAGAUUAUUGGCCGUUGCUCCAGUUCCGGCAGCUGAAACUUAUCCUCUGGCGGACAUUGCAUCAGGAGGACAAAGUAUUAGCGGACGGAGUGUAAAUGUUUUGGUGGUGGUUCAAAAUAUAAGAGCCAGGAAGCAGAUUGUUAUUGCUAAAACAGGAAAAAUCAAAUAUCUGAGAGAAGUAAUCGUAAUGGACGCCAGCCAUGCUGGGAUGUCGAUGAAAUUUUGGAACCACGAAUACGUUGAAAGGAUUGAAAAAUGGAUUCCUCUUACAACGGUUCUACUAAUAACGGAUGUUAGAAUUGAGUAUAAUCAAUAUUAUAAGGCAAUUUGCCUUGGGAUGAACUCGAAAACAAUUGUUACCGAAGAUCCCGCUAUCGAGGAAGGGGAUCACUUACUCGUCCAUGCUAUGAAAGCUACGGGCCAGGAUUCUGAUAUGACAAGCUCUCUUACAUCUAACGCUAUUGAUCCGAACACAAUCAAUUCUGUGAUGACCAUACAGCAAAUCCUGGAUCGAGCUGAAGGUGAUCUUAAAGACGAUCAGGAACAAUUUGCUGCUUUAUGCUACGCGGUUAUUACUAAAUUUGAUCUGGAUGGUUAUUCGAGAAUAACAAGUCGCAAGUGUCUAAACUGCAAAACAAUGCUUCGUCAAUCGGAGGAAAGAUGCAAUCGGACGGAGUGUUUGCAUAACCCAUACAACAUCAGUGUGUAUUUCGAUAUACCGGUUGACAUGACCGAUCACACCGGAACUUUGUCGAACUGUAGAUUAACUAGCCAGGCUGCUGAGAACACGCUUAACUGUAAAGUAGAAGCGUUUCUGAAAAUGAGCGAUCUACAGAAGGGUAAACUCAAGUGGCGCUUCCUGUUGGAGCGCUGUGCUUUGAAAUUUGUCAUUAAACGAAAGUCGCCCAUUCGUUUUCAAACGAUGGUUUCCAUCGUUGAGUGCGUCAUCGCGAAACCUCAAGAGGUGGAAUCCAAAAUUAAAGUUUAUUAAUUAUCUCGAUCGUUCAGUUAAUUGAUUUUGUUAAUUUGUUACUGAACUAAUCGUAGAACCUAAUAUUUUUUUUUGUUUUUGAAUUGUCAGUAAUGAGUUACAUUGAAUUGUCGUGCGUUAUUUAACACAAUUUAUGAAUAAUUUACAUGUGUUUAACUUUGGAUUAUGAAUUGAAGCAAAUAAAACCGAAUAUAAACAAUUCCUCG